AUGCUUUCCUCCAGCAUGAACUGCGUGGCAAACUUCUUCACCUACGAAACCACCAAAUCAGUGGUGGUAAAAAGCUGGACUAUCGGCGUGAUCAACCGGGCUGUCCAGUUGCUCAUCAUUUCCUACUUCAUUGGGUGGGUGUUCCUGCAUGAGAAGGCCUAUCAGAUGAGGGACACCUCCAUUGAGUCAUCUGUGGUAACAAAAGUGAAGGGCUUCGGCAAGUACAGCAACCAUAUCAUGGACACAGCUGAUUAUGUCACACCUCCACAGGGCACGUCUGUCUUUGUCAUCAUCACCAAACUCAUUGUGACAGAGAACCAGGUCCAAGGGAUCUGCCCUGAGAAUCACAAUCAGCAGAAAAUGAGUGUCGUGUGUGAAUCAGACAAUGAGUGCAAAAGAACCAUCCCCACUACAGGAGGGGGGAUCCUGACUGGCUUAUGCGUUAAUUACAAUGCCACAGUUCGGACAUGCCAGAUUCAGGGCUGGUGCCCAGCAGAGGUGGAUACCAAGCAUGUACCUGUCAUGCUAGAAGCAGAGAAUUUCACUCUCUUUAUUAAGAACAGCAUCCGCUUUCCACUCUUCAAUUUUGAGAAGGGAAACCUCCUACCCAAUCUCACAACUGAGAAAAUUCGGAAUUGCCACUUUGACCCAGAAAAGGAACCCUUCUGCCCCAUUUUGCGCCUAGGUGACAUCGUAAAAUUUGCAAACCAAGACUUUGCCAAGUUGGCUACAACGGGUGGGGUAAUAGGGAUCAAGAUUGGAUGGGUAUGUGACUUGGAUCAUUCCUGGGAUCACUGCGUCCCCAAAUAUUCUUUUACUCGACUUGACAGUGUCUCUGAAAAGAACAGUGUCUCUACUGGAUACAAUUUCAGGUAUGCCAAGUAUUACAAGCAUGAAAAUGGAACAGAGUACCGCACACUGAUGAAGGCUUAUGGCAUUCGCUUUGAUGUCCUGGUUUAUGGAAAUGCUGGGAAGUUCAACAUCAUCCCAACUCUCAUUAAUACUGUGGCAGCCUUCACAUCUGUUGGAGUCGGGACAGUCCUGUGUGAUAUCAUUCUCCUCAACUUCCUCAAGGGAGCAGACCAGUACAAAGCCAAAAAAUUUGAAGAGGUGACAGACACAGUGUUGCAUCCAGCCAGUUCCAGCAACCCCGUGUAUCGGAGCAACCAGACUUUGGGAGGUCGCUGUGAGGAGAAGCAAUCAACUGAUUCAGGGGCAUACUCAAUUGGUCUGUAAUACAUAGCAAGCAGCCUUGAAGAUGACAUGGAUACAUUUACUUUCCUCUGUUAUCACAGGCCCUGCUGUCACACACCCUAUCCCUUCAGCCGACAUCCUCUUAUCAGCCCCUCACUGUUGAAGGAAGUGUUUUUAGGACCCCAUGCAUUCCAUCCUGCCUCUUGCAUUUUCAUCACGAAUAUAUUAUGUCUCACCUCUCCAGAGGGGACUCAAACCAAGGCAGGAAACAAUUUUUCCCUUCCUCUACUUCAGGAAAAUGCCAACAACAAAAAAUGUAACCUGGAAGAAAAAAAUCCUGGAGAGCUCCAGAGCAAAAUAGUACAUCAUGUAUAUGAGUAGCUGGGAAAGGCAUAUUUGACAACCAAUAAAA